CAACAAUGGCGAGUUCAGCCUAACGAAUGACUUCGGCGACCACGUUUCCCGGUACGCCAUACUUUCGCACACAUGGGGAGUGGAUACAGAGGAGGUCACUUUCAAAGACAUGAUAGAUGGCACUGGGAAGAGCAAGGCUGGCUAUGGCAAGAUCCGGUUCUGCGGACAACAGGCCAAACGCGACGGCUUGCAAUACUUUUUGGUAGACACGUGUUGCAUCGACAAAUCGAACAGUACUGAGCUCGCAGAGGCCAUCAACUCCAUGUUUCGCUGGUACCGCAAUGCAGCUAAAUGCUACGUUUAUUUAUCAGAUGUCUCAAUAACUAAGCGGAAAGCAAGUAGUCAACUCUCCGAGUUUACUUGGGAACCGGCUUUUCUGGCAAGCAGAUGGUUUACACGGGGUUGGACCCUUCAAGAGCUUAUUGCCCCAAGUUCGGUUGAAUUCUUCUCCCAAGAAGGCAAGCGACUUGGCGAUAAGAGAACUCUUGAGCGACAAGUUCACGAGAUAACUGGAAUUGCUGUUUCAGCGCUUCAAGGAGCCCCUCUAUCACAGUUCGGAGUUGAUGAGCGAUUACAAUGGGGGAAAAAUCGCCAGACUAUGCGUAAAGAAGAUAAGGCAUACUCGCUACUAGGUAUAUUCGAUGUCCAUAUACCGCUUAUCUAUGGCGAAGGGGAGGAUAAUGCUUUAACCCGGCUCCAGGAGGAGAUCGAUAAACCUUCAAAAGAACUCGAUCGUCUUCCUUACGCUAUUGAGGCGCCAUUCAAUUCCUAUGCGAAGCAGCAUUCGCCCUCUUGCCUCCCUAAUACCCGCCUCGAGCUUCUUCGGGAUAUAUAUAUCUGGGCCGAUGGAGGAGAUGAGCGGUGUAUCUUCUGGCUGAAUGGCCUAGCUGGAACGGGAAAGUCCACGAUUGCCUGUACGAUUGCCCGUAGAUACUCUGACCAAAAAACUCUCGGGGCCAGCUUCUUCUUCUCCCGAGGUGGUGGAGACGUUAGUCAUGCAGGGAAGUUCGUCACAAGCAUCGCCGCACAGCUUGCAAAAAAUAUACCCACUUUACGUCGGUGCAUAUCCGACGCCGUGACAGAGUAUAGCGACAUUGCAAACCGCUCUCUCCGCGACCAGUGGCAGCUGCUCGUCCUCGGCCCGCUUUCGAAGCUUGACGGUAAUAGCUGCCGUACCUCGUAUAUUCUGGUAAUCGAUGCGCUUGACGAAUGUGACGAUGGUGGCAAUAUCCGAAUAAUUCUGCAACUGUUAGCCGAGGCUCGAUCUCUAAAGAGGGUGAGGCUGCGAAUGUUUAUGACAAGCAGGCCUGAAAUUCCAAUCCGACACGGCUUCUAUCAAAUGUCUGAGACCGAGCACCACGACUUCGUUCUCCACAAUAUAUUGCAGUCCAUUGUCGACCACGACAUAACAGUUUUCCUAGAGUACAACCUUAGGCUCAUUAGUGAGGAAGAUUCUCUGGACGCUGGCUGGCCAGGUGCAGAAGCCAUCAAGACUCUAGUCCAAAAUGCAAGUGGCCUGUUUAUCUGGGCGGCAACUGCCUGCCGGUUUAUUCGCAAAGGGCUAUUUGCCGAUGAAAGACUACUCGCGCUUCUUAAGGGUGCCUCCGAUGCUGCGACACCAGAAGAACACCUUAACGAGAUCUAUAUCACUGUUUUGCAGAGUUCCAUUCAAGCAAACUUUAGCCAGCAAGACAAAGAAAGGUUUUGCAGUAUGCUAAGAAACAUCCUUGGAAGUGUCGUAACCUUACUCUCUCCCCUUCCGGUUAACUCUUUGAGUAGGCUACUCGCGACCUCGAAACAGAGGGUGGACCGGUUACUAAAGGAUCUCCAUGCCAUUCUAGAUAUUCCGAAUAACCACCGCCCGCUCCAUCUACAUCAUCCUUCAUUCCGCGACUUUCUGCUCAACAAGAACAGAUGCAGAGAUUUAAACUUUUGGGUAAACGAAAAACCAGCACAUCAGACACUGGCUAUUCACUGUAUUCAACUAAUGUCGACUUCUCUCAAAAGAGAUAUAUGCGGUGUUACUCUCCCUGGUACACGUGUUACUAGUAUUGAGAAAUGUCAAAUAGAGCAGUGUCUUCCUCCGGAGGUCAGUUACGCAUGUCUCUACUGGAUUCAACAUCUUCAAAAUAGUGGUGCUCAGCUCCACGAUAACGACCACGUCCAUCAGUUCCUCCAGGUUCAUGUCCUUCACUGGCUUGAGGCGCUGUGCUGGAUGGGGAAUAUUUCUGAAGGGAUUCUCGCGAUUACUUCCUUGGACUCCAUCGCUCUAAGGAUGGAUUGCCCCAGUUUAUACGCGUUUAUUCAUGAUAUAAAGCGAUUUGUACUAUACAGCCUGGUCGGAAUCGAGCAGGCUCCUCUCCAGAUAUACUGUAGUGCGCUCAUUUUUGCACCGGCAAAUAGUCGAGUAAGGAAGCAGUUUAAAGGUCAGAUGCCUUGCUGGGUCCAAAGAUUACCCGAUGUACAAAAGAAUUGGGGUUCCUUACUACAGACACUUGAGGGCCAUUCGGGCAAUGUCAAGUUCGUCGCCUUCUCUCCGGACGGCAAACAGCUGGCGUCGGCAUCGGAGGCGACGGUCAGGUUGUGGAACGCGGCCACGGGAGCGGCGCUACAGACGCUUGAGAUUAAAGGCUCAGUCAGGGCCGUAGCCUUCUCGCCGGACGGUAAACUAGCGGUAUUGGCGCCAGAGGGCGACGAAGAGGGCGACGAGGGCGGCACGGUCCAGCUUUGGGACACAGCGACGGGCGCAAUAUUACAAACCUUUAAGAUCCUUAUAGGCAGAGGCUUUGGUGAUGUCGAAGCCUUCUCGCCGGACGGUAAAAUAGUGGCAUCGGCAGUAGGGGGCAAUGAAGAGAGCGACGAGGGCGGCACGGUCCGGCUCUGGGACGUUGCGACGGGCGCAAUUUUGCAGACCCUUAAAGGCUAUAGAGGCUGUAGAGGCUUUACAGGCAUUAGAAGGUCAACGCUGGCCUUCUCUCCAGACAGUAAGAUAGUGGCGUUUCCAUCGCUAAAUAAGACGGUCAGGUUGUGGGACACAGCCACAGGAGCGACGCUGCAGACCCUCGAGAGAAGAGACCCGGUCAGCGCCGUGGCCUUCUCGCCAGAUGGCAAGAGAGUAGCGUCCACAUUACGAUUCGGUGGGGUCCAGCUUUGGAACGUAGCGACGUGCGAGACUUGGCACCCCAAGGACAAUUUUGUUAGUGCCUUGGCUUUCUCGCCAGACGGUAAGUUGGUGACGUCAGGAUCAGCCGACUUUACAAUCCGGCUCUGGGAUGCGGCGACGGGCGUAGCUCUGCAGACACUUGAGGGCCACACAAGCUCUGUCAGGGCCGUGACGUUCUCGCCGGACGGCAAGAUAAUAGCGUCGGCAUCAGAUGACAGAACGGUCCGGCUUUGGGAUGCAGCGACGGGUGCAGCCUUGCAUACAUUUAAGGACCAUACGGACUCGGUCUAUAACGUUGCUUUCUCUCCGGAUAGCAAGAUGGUGGCAUCGGCGGAGGCCUACGUGGUCCGGCUCUGGGAUGCAACGACGGGGGCGGCCUCGCAAACGCUGGUCUCGCAAACGCCGUCCGAUCCAGAUUUCAUCUGCUCCGUGUCCUUCUCGCCGGACAGCAAGGUGGUAGUGGCGGCACGCGAACGCGGGAUCGAGCUCUGGGAUACGGCGACGGGGGCGUCCUUGCAGACGUUUGAGGACAGUACAGGCUAUGUCAAGGCCAUGGCCUUCUCACCAGAUGGCAAUAUAAUGGCGUCAGCAUUUACGGACGGCACGUUGCGGUUUUGGAAUGCAGUAACUGGGGUAGCUCUUCAGACCCUACAGUUCGAUCCGCUUGUUGAGCUUUUUACCUCCAGCGAAGGUGUAUACCUCUUCGAUCGGUAUUAUAGAGCAUUAUCAUAUGUCCAAUCUGACUCGGCUGGUAUAUUUGCACCUGCUCCUCCACCCCUACAAACCCCAUUUCGAAGGGGAAAUUGGAUAACUCAAGGCGGAGAGGACCUCCUUUGGCUCCCUCCCAAUUAUAGGAAGCUGUUAGCUUUUCAAGGGAAUGUUUUUGUCUUCCGAGAUAUAUCUGGUCAGAUUACAUUUAUUACUUUAUCAAAUUCUGUUCCUUUUAGGAAAUGAAAAAAUGGCUAAAGGAAUUACCUUAGCUGAAAGCCCGGCGAAAUCUGGAUACUGUAAUAGAAUACCAAUUUGUAACCCAGUUUUUUUGCUACCAGACAUCACUUUAUAAAGAGGGGU